AUGGCGUCUUUCAUGGUGAAACAAAUGGUUGGCGGACAGUUGAAAAAUCUCAAAGGAGAUCUGGGAGUGGAUAAACCGGAAGGCGGCGGCGAAAAGUCAGAAGCAGCCGCGAAAGGAAUGACAGAAGAGGAGUUCGAACAGUAUCAACAGCAGUUACAAGAAGAAAAGGAGGAGAGGGAAGCCGAAUUUGCACAGAAGAAGGCAGAGCGAGCAACAGUCCGCUCCCACUUCCGGGAUAAGUACAAACUUCCCAAGAACGAGCUGGACGCGGAGCAGAUCCAGGCGGCGCGCGACGACGUGGACCUGCCGGAGGAGCUGGCCAAGAUGAUCGCGGAGGACAACCAGGAGGAGCAGAGCAAGAGCUCGGUGCUGGGCCAGCUCAGCAGCCUGCAGAACGUGGACGUGGACCACCUGAAGAACAAGGCCCAGGCCACGCUGGAGGAGCUCAAGAACAACGCCGAGAAGUGUGAAAUCAUGUGA